AUGCUUUCAUUAAAUUUCAUAAAUAUUGAUCGUUUUUUCUCACUUCUAUCAUAUUGUCCAAAUCUUCAUUCAUUGUCUAUGACACUUGAUUCUCGUUGUCAUUCAUUAAUAUCAAAUGAUGAUAGUGAAUCAUUAUCACAAUCAACAAUAGCAUAUCAUCAAGUAACUAAUCUUCGUUUUUAUUUUCGAUCAUUUAAUGUUUGUGUUCUUCAAAAUUUAUUAAAUGCUUUACCUUCUUUAAAACGUUUCUCAAUCGAUACUCUGAUAUAUAAAGAAGAUUAUAUGCGUGCUACAUUUUGGACAUUAUUAUUACAACAACGAUUACCAUUAUUAGAACGUGUACAAUUAGUUUUACGAGGAUUUUUUACUUUAAAAUUAAAUGAAAUAAAUGAAAAUCGAAAAAAUCUCAUUGGUGGUUAUCAAUAUGAUUGUUAUUGGCUUGAUAGAGCACAUAAAAAAAUAUUUACUUGUUAUACAAAUGCUAUGUCCAUGGUGCUACAAAUUCGAUAA